AUGGGAAAGACACGGACAUUGCUCGACUCCGCGGCUGCCGCCGGCCUCUUAUCGUUCCCAACGCAGGUAGCUCAACAUGUUUACGAGGCGAACAAUCUCGACGGAGCCACCGAAUGGGUCGAGUCCUUCACCGAGAAGGCCAAAGGGAGAGCUACCUUGUUUUUGGGCGCUGCCAUCUCUACGUUCAAGCCAACCCAGUUGCCUAUGUGGAAUGACUUCGUACAGUUACUGUGGGCGUCCGCUCUUGAAGUCGCUACGGCCGACAUGCGACCUGACAGGGUGUCUGAAGGCCUUCUGGCCUUCUUCGAGCGCGCGAAGGACCGAGUGCCCAACUACAUGGUGACCGAAGUCAUCUCCAGGCGCUUAGGACAACAAUACCUGCACGUGCUCGACGCAUUUCAGGCCGAAAGGUUGCAGGACGGGACGUACGCCUUCAACGAGAUCCACAAAUGGGCCGCGAAUCUUCUCGCUACAGGAGCAGUGGCCGCCGUGAUGACUACGAAUUUUGACAACUACCUGGAGAAAGCGAUCGAGAAAAGGACUCCCCUAUUCUACCAGAUCACCGGAGAUCCCCACGUCGACGGCAGAGAGAUCUCGUCCCGUCUAUCAUUGACGACUGCAAAAUCGUCGUUGGUCUUAGUUGUCAACGGAGCAAAAGCAUUCGCCUUCGUGCGAUCUCUCAUGCCACAGCUCGGUAACGGGAAAAUAACGUUCUUGUUCAAGGUCCAUGGGUCCUGCUAUGAUCCUGUGAGCUGUAUCGACACGCGGCUGCAGCGAGCUCAAGGCUUGCCUUCUUUUGCGACUGACGUCCUCGACAUUCUGCUCAAACGGACCGUAUGGCUGGUUGCUGGCUUCAGCGGAAGCGACAUGAACGACAAUCUUGACUAUUUGCGCUUUAUCUCGAGCAAAAAAGAAGCCGCCAUCAUCUGGCUCACGUACCCUGGCAGCCGAUGGGAGUCUGCAAUACACCGUCUCACCGCGGUCAUGACCUUGGAGAAAGGCUCACGCACCGGCUUCUGUCUGGUAAACGGCCGCUUUCUCGGUGAAAGGCACUCGGAAGAGAGCAAGUUUCCUCAAUUUGGACAAAAGAUCUUGAAAUGGGCUCAAAAUCUGGGGCCGGACUGGUGCAAACUUCUGUUGGUGGACUUGGUGGCCCUCUUCGAGGAGAAGGCAGAGCAAACGGCGCCGCCACACUUGUUGCAAGCAUUCAAUCAAGGUACUUCGCCUCGACAGGACUGGAACACGAUUCUGCAGAACAUGGACCUUAAGGCGGAAGAAUCCCAGAUAGCCCCAGCAAAGAGUUGCUCUGAGGUAUGGGCCUUGGUGAACGACGCACUCCGCACAGGUCACACGUUGCAGAAGGAAACCAGGCAAGAUCUCUGCAGGCGACUCACUACGGGCCUGGAGGUGCUGGGCGGCCACCACAUCAGACUCCAAGAAGCGGCCUCGCGUGGAGAUAAUCCACAGGUGCAUGCACAGGCAUGGGUUGUCAACGCCUUGAGCGGACUGGCAAUGCUGUGCGGAGGGGAAGUUGACCGGGCGGCGAGAGCACUCGAGAUCUCCAGCGGCAUCGCUUGGCUGGUUGGAAACUAUGAGCAUCACCAAAUGAUCGAGAGACUCUUGAAGGCCAUUUUCCAAGCACCGCACACUUCGACAGAUGCUGAAGAGGAAGACGAUGCUCCCGCUCCCAAUCAGACCGUCGGCUGUCUCGCCUUCAGCCCUGCCAUGGACAACGUCAACUCCAAGAUGAACAAAUAUGGCGUUCCACCGCAGAACUACAUGCGGGCAUUGUUACAUCGCUCGAUCCUGUUUGCGGACGGUAUGAUCCUUCCUGCAAACAUCAUCAGCAAUUCGACGGUCCUUGUCGAUGAGGUGUUGUUCCAGGGCGAACGUGAUGAGCUCAACGAAGUCUACCUCCGCCACCUUUACCCUGCCCUGCCUACCGAGUUCAAAGACGGGCCUGGGAAACUUCGAAGGUUCCUCGAUUCUAGGCCCAAGACCUUUAUCUUCGAGUCCGUCAACGACGACCAUAUUGCGCGCAUGGACGACUUCUUUGACGACCCUGCAAACGCCCAUCAAAUUCUUUACUUCGACGAAAGCUUACUGGGCCGAAACUAUGGCAAAUAUAUACGGACAGCCGUUGAUCCAUUGCAUAGGGAGACUACCGUAUCACAUCUUGUUAGGCUUUGGAAGCAUGUCGAGGCCGGAGGGGGUUGGUCGGAACACCCCGAUCACAGCGAACGUUCCUCUGCUGCUAGACACGCAGCUGAGGAUCUGACGGACUCUCUCUUCCUCCUGUCAACAUUGCUCCCAGAGGCCGUGAGGAGAUCGCCGUUGUACAAAUUUGCCGAUCUCUUCGACGAAGCCAGCGACAGGGACAGCAUACUUGCAUUCUUAAGAAGCGACGCUGGAGAAGAGGCUAAGCUGCAGCUGUUGAAGGCGAGGGAUCGCAUCAUCGAGAAACCAUGGCUCUACAGUCCCUUCUGCCACGAACUGUUCGAUGCGCCUUACCGGGCUGCGUUGGCGUUCGACUAUGCAUCCCGUGCUGCAGUCGAGCCAGUGCUCUUUCUCGAAGAAGAUGAGAUCCCCUCGUGGGAAUUCAUGUCAUCGGACUGUCAUUCAAAGGCCUUUCCGACCAACUUCGCGGCCUUCCCUAUAUCAGCGGACAGCCAUAAGUACUCCUCGCUUCUGCUGAGCCAGAUGACCACCGCGACCUUGCGAAAGGCGAGAAGAGAUCUGGCGCCAUUCCGAGCAAAGAUCGUUGAAGGCUCGCCGCUUGUAGAAGACGACGUGGUCAGAAUGAAGGAUGCCAUGGCUUCUUUCGAGAGUCGUUCGCUCGCGCUUCCUGACGUUGAGAUCAACGCGCUCAUCGACCUCGACCCGAAUGUGAAACAGGUGGCAGAACUGCUGCUUGCCCAGUGUGUCUUCCUGGUCAGGAACGGUCCACCACUUGACCCAAUGUACGAAGAAGCACAGAUUGCCCUUCCGGGUCUGCUGGCGCUGCGCCGGCAGCAGGGCUGA